AGAACGUCUUGCUGCAGCGAAAUCGAAUAGCAGUAUUGCCUCGAUCCCCUGAUGAAAAAGACGGUCAAGGUCGUGGUCCAAGCCAUGACCGACAAGAAUCCUAGCCCUUCCCCCUCUAGGUUUGACUUUCCACAUGGGCUCUCCAUUGCAAAGGAAAUCUUGAAUCUUCUUUUGGGCUUGGCGUAGUGGCAUUGCGUCCCUCAGGUAGCAAAAGGUGGAAUAUGCAGAAGAUUAAUGAAAGGUAUUCCAUUUCCACCCAAGUCGAUUCCCCGCCCUUUUUCUUGCAUAUCCUUGGAGGAAAGGAAGAC